CAAGAAGAAAAAGAAGAAAGAGAACAUCAACGAGCACAACCCCAACCACCACACUAGGAGAGGGGACCCCAUGAGGGUAAGAAGGCGGAAAAGGAACAAGACGACCGUGAGCAACCUCGUCCGUUUCCACGUCCUAAUCACAAAUAGCACAAACAGCACAAACGGCCUCAUGGAAAUCCUGAAGAAUGUGAAGGUUCGGAUGAGUCAGUCACAAAAACGAAACAACCUUUAUCACUUCAGCUCUAACAGCUUCGACACUCUCUUCAAGAACCAAUAUGGUCACAUUCGUCUCUUCCAGAGGUUCAACCAACGUUCUCCACAACUUGAGAAUCUUCGAGACUACCACGUUGUGGAGUUCAAGUUCAACCCCAACGCCCUCUUUCUCCCCCAGCAUGCUGAUUCUGAAUUCCUCUUGGUUCUCAUUAGCCGUAGUUAAUUACUACUAAUUCAACAUCACCACAUUUGCUUCUGCUUGUAUAAAUAAUAAUGGUAAUGAAUAAUUUGUUUGGUUGUUAAUUACAAGGAGAGGCUUCAUCCUGGCGAUGCCCUGAGAAUCCCUGCUGGAACCACUUACUAUUUGGUUAACCCUGACUACAAGGAAACAUUCCCGAGUAGUCACACUCGCCAUACCCCUUAACAAACCUGGAAGAUUUCAGGUA